GUGCGAUCGUGGGGAACACAAACCAAUGGAAUAAAAUAAACGAAUAGAGUAAAACUCGAUUUAACGGAACAGAAGCGAAUAAAAUGAUCUGUCGCCUGUGUCUGAACGCGCUGGACGAGCAGAGCGCGGUGGUGCUGUUCGGCGGGUCAGCUGGCUCCUCCUCCGCCGCCGCCGGAGCAAGUGCAUCCGCGGAGCAUCCGCCGGAGGACGAGGAGGAUGGGGCGAAGCGAGAGCUGCCGGAGAGCUACCUGGUCCAGCUGAUCUCGAUUCACCUGUACCUCUGCCUCUCCCGCGACGACGCCAUCUCCACCUGCAUCUGCACCGAGUGCUGCUCGCAGCUGGAGAGCUUCCACAACUUCUGGAAGCUGGUGGAGCUCAAGCAGACGACGCUGUGCAGCCAGUUCCUGGCCAUCGAUUGCGAUGUCAACUGGUCGGAGGAGGGCACCGAGCUGCUGGAGGAGCCUCUGGUGGCUCCCGUGGAGCUGGAGCCGGAGCCCAAGGUGGUCACGCCCACGACGGCCAACAAGUUCCCCUGCAUGUUCUGCGAGAAAUCCUUCAAGAUGCGCCGCUACCUGGAGGAGCACAUAGCCACGCACACGGGCGACCGGCCCAUUGCGUGUCCCUACUGCGAGAUGGCCUUCCGCUGCCGCUCGAACAUGUACACCCAUGUGAAGGGCAAGCACACCAGCCAGUGGCUAAAGGCGCGCGAGGAGCGGGAUGCGGCCAAGUCGGGUCAGAGUCACGCGGCCACGGAGGUGGCUCCCCUACCGCUGUCCGUCAUCCACAGUGAGCCCGGCGAGGUGGCCAUCAACCUGAGCCUGGCGAAGACCCCGACCAACCGCAGCAGUCGCCGCAAGACGCACUCGCCCAAGAAGGUGCAGCCUACGAAGGGCAGCGAUGCCAGCGACGCGGAGGAGGAGGAGUCGCCGCAGAAGCGGCUCAAGGAGAACGAGCUGAUGCUGGCCAACUACAAUGCGGUGGCGGCGGCAGUGGCCGCCCUUUCCGCUAGUAAUCCUCCUCCGCCGGUUGGCCAGCCCACCGAUAGCCUGCAGCAGCGACUGCAGCAGGAUCAGCUCUUUGCAGGAACGAGUAGCGCAACAACGAUGACGACGCUCUUUAGCCAUCCGCCAGCGGAGACGUCUGCCCUUAUCCCUGUCGCUCCAGUUUCCCCGGCCAUCUGUCUCAAUUGCGGCGAGCUUCCCGGCCAGAAUCACCGCUGCCUGAGCAAGCCCAAAUAUGCCUGCGAUGUGUGCGGCAAGUGCUUCAAGAUGAAGCGCUAUUUGGAGGAGCACUUUGCCACCCACACGGGCGUCAAGCUGCACACCUGCGCCUUCUGUCCCACGGAGUUCCGGUCCAAGUCGAACAUGUAUCACCACACGAAGCGCAAGCACAAGGCGGAGUGGGAGCGAUCGCGGGCCACGCGCUCGGCGGCCAAGGCGUCCAGUCAGUCCAGCCAGGCUGGAGUCCAGGAUGUGGCUCAGCCGGGAGCUCUCUAGGAUUUAUAUAUAUAUAUUUUUUGCCUAUUAGCCAUACCGAAUACCGAUUGUACUUACGCCUCUAUUGUGUAUACUCUUCUCGUUCUCUAGAAUGCCUUGGUUAUAAAAAGUAAACAUUCACUCUUAAUUCUUACAA